AUGGCAAGGGGAGCAGUUGGCACUACCAUCGCCGGCGAGCAUGGCAUCUCGUACGGGCCGGCCGGAUACAAGGGCCUCAUCGAGGAGAUUCGCAUCUUCGGGCUGGCGUGUUUCGCGACAAUCGGUGGGUUUCUCUUCGGGUAUGAUCAAGGGAUUAUUUCGGGGGUACUGGUUAUGCAUAGUUUUAAAACGCAUUUUUCCGAUCUCUCUUCUGACACCGGCCUGGAGGGCUGGGUCGUAUCCAUCAUGACCCUGGGCGCGAUGCUCGGCGCCUUUAUCAACGGACCCAUCUCGGAUCGUCUCUCGCGUCGCUGGUCGAUCCUUCUUGCAAAUAUAAUAUUCCUCAUCGGUUCCGUUAUCCAGGCGGCAGCCGAGUAUAUUGCCAUGAUGUUCGUCGGACGUUUUGUUUUUGGUACUGGUGUCGGAAUGCUGGCGAUGGUUUGUCCGCUUUAUCUCUCCGAGCUGGCGCCGCCUAAUAUUCGUGGUGCACUCGUGGCUCUACAGCAGCUUUCCAUUACCUUUGGUAUCAUGGUUAGCUUUUGGAUUAACUAUGGGACUCAGUAUAUUGGGGGAACGGGAGCCGGACAGAGUCAGGCAGCCUGGAGACUGCCUUUGGCGUUGCAGUGCUUUCCUUCUUUGAUUCUUGCUGCUGGCACUUUCUUCCUACCAUAUAGCCCGCGUUGGCUUAUGAACCAAGGUCGAGAGGAUGAGGCGCUGCAAACUUUGGUCAAGCUGCGGCGCGUUCCUGAGUCAGAUCAUCGACUGCAGACCGAAUUCCUUGAGAUCAAGGCGGCUCGCAUGUUCGAUCAGCAGACAAAGGCAGAUAAAUAUGGCUCUGAUGCAUCAAAGUACUAUGUGGCGAUGCAGGAAUACAAGGAGCUGUUCACCGUGAGACACCUGAGGAAACGAACGAUGGUCGCUUGUCUCCUUCAGGUGAUUCAGCAGUUCACUGGAAUUAAUGCAAUCAUCUACUACGCACCGCAAUUCUUUGAAGCAAUCGGCCUCAGCGGUAACUCCGUCAACCUCCUCGCAACUGGCGUCGUCGGCAUCGUCUUCUUCCUCUCCACCAUCCCAGCAGUAAUGUAUCUGGACAGAUGGGGUCGACGGAAAACACUCAUGUACGGCGCCACCGGUAUGUCAAUAGCACAGCUGAUUGUCGCAACCCUGUACGCCGUGUACAAGGACAAGUUCAGCGAGCAUCCGUCUGCGGGAUGGGCUGCUUGCGUGUUCGUCUGGGUGUAUAUUGGCACAUUCGCUUUCAGUAUCGCCUGCGUCAAUUGGAUUAUGCCUUCGGAGAUGUUCCCACCCGCAACUCGAGGCAAGGCUGUUGGCGUUGCGAUUGCGUGCAAUUAUCUUUCUAAUUUCAUUGUUGCGCUUAUCACGCCGCGAAUGCUAGAGUCCAUCACUUUUGGGACGUUUUACUUUUUCUUGGUGUUUUGUCUGAUUUUGGGGGUGUGGACCUAUUUCUGCGUUCCCGAGACAAAAGGCGUGCCGAUCGAGGAAAUGGACAAGUUGUUUGGCGGAAAUGAUGGCGAGGCUGAUCUGCAACGAAUUGCUGGCAUUCGCGCUCAACUUGGAGUGGGCAUGGAUGGUGCCAAGACGAGUUCAUUCAGACUUACAAGGGCAAGGAUAGUAGUGAGCACAUUGAGAUGGCGGUUUGAACUGGUCAGGUCGUGA